AUGUCCGACACGAAGAAACAGGAAGAUGCUCACAAGACUCUCUACGAUGCCGGUAUGGUCAAUAGACGAGCCGUUCUAGGAGAUGCAUACGUGGACAAUGCACUGGCAAGAGGAGUAUCCGAGUUCGCUAGACCAGCACAGGAGUACGUGACCGAGAACGCGUGGGGCAACAUCUGGGAGCGUCCAGGACUGGAACGAAAGCAACGCUCGCUGGUAGUCAUCUCGCUUCUCGCCGCUGGAGGACAUACAAAGGAGCUCGCUGGACAUGUUCGUGGUGGUCUCAAUAACGGGUUGACCGAAGUGGAGAUCAGAGAGGUAUUGCUCCAGAUCAUGGCCUAUUGCGGGUUCCCCACAGGUCUCGAAGCGUUUCGUGCGGCGGAACCGGCCAUCGAGGCAUGGAAGGCUGAGCAGCAGAAGUGA